UGCUGCUAUCAGUCCGUGCACGCUGGUCUGAGAGAGAGAGCACUCAGCACGGACCGCACUUGAUCGGCUCCACAUCUCUAACUCUGCUUUCUUUUGUCCCCCUAUCUCUCUUUCCCCCCCUCUGUUUGUUUUCGCCCUGCACUCUGACCAGCCCCGGGCCUCUCUUCACAGCAGAGUUCAGAAUUGCACUACAAUGUCUGCGGUGGCUUCUCUGCAGUGAGCACACAAAGGUUAUGCUGCCCAAAAGCUGUCUGAGUCCCAGUGAGAAAGAGAAGGGCUAAAGCCUCACCGAUCAAACCAGCUUCCCAGAGCCUCUCCAGCAGCGACUCCACUGCGGAGCCAUGAGCAACCCCGGCGCUCCCAACCAGAUUACAGAUGCCGUGGCAUCGGUUAUUCACAGCCCUGAGGCUCCUGCUGCCUCAUCACUACAUGGGACUACGCGCCCUGAAGAGGAGGACGAUGGGGACUUGAACAAAGCUUUGGGGGUCCAGCGCUUCCAGCAGAUCCUCAGUCCCGCUGCGGCCAUACCUGAUGACCAGCACCACAACUACCAUGAGGAGGACAUCGAAUACCACCGUCACUCCUCUCACCACAUCCACCGACCUCUGUCCAAACUGCCCUCCGAGGGACGCAGGAAGAAGGGCGGCAAGAAAAGGAGGAAGGACAAAGAUCACAAGAGCAGCCAUGCUCCCAGCAGUGGCCCCAUAGAGGAGGGAGAGGAUGAGGAGGAAGAGGAGGAGGAGGCAACGGAGACAACUUCUGUCCCAUCUGAGUCGGAGAGAGUCAAAGAUGUGGAGUUCUUUGUGUCGGAUGAAGACCAUGAGGCCAAACGUGACAAAGAGAGCCCUCACGCGGCCCGUGAGCUGGAUAUCGUACCACAUUCUGGUGUCGAAGCAGAUGCUGAGGAUGCAUCUUCCUCAGAUAAGCCGGCCUCACCCGACACUCCCAGCCCCUCUUCCCCAUCAGUGCCACCUGAACACACACCGCUGGCCCGGCAGUCCUCCGCCAGCCGCGGCUACGACCUGCAAGAGCGCCGCCGCACAGGCAACAUGACGGGCGCAGAGCAGGCCAAGUACCAGCGCAUCCCUACUGACGAGAGCGAGGCUCAGACGCUGGCCUCCGCUGACCUGGACGGCAUCAAGAGUCAUCGCUUCGAAGAUGUUCCCGGCGUCCGCAGACACCUGGUCAGAAAGAGCACCAAGGGACAAGUGGUGCACAUCGGCAAGGACCACAAAGAGCCGACCACCCGCAGCCGGAAGCAGGACCGAACCCCACAUGAGUCGUUGCCGGUGGUUGUGUACCGCUCUGCCUCGAGGCUGGGAGGCGUCCUGCUGGACAUGGACUCCGGUCCAAUGGCUCAGUACAAGAAGGUGUUUGUGGAGCUGAACGAGCUGACUAUGGACAAGAACCAGGAGAUGCAGUGGAAGGAGACGGCCAGAUGGAUCAAGUUUGAGGAGGACGUGGAGGAGGAGACGGACCGCUGGGGGAAACCUCACGUGGCCUCGCUGUCCUUCCGCAGUUUGCUGGAGCUCAGAAAGACCAUCUCGCACGGUGCAGUGCUGCUGGACCUGGACCAGAAGACCUUGCCUGGCAUCGCCCACCAGGUGGUGGAGCAGAUGAUCAUUUCUGACCAGAUCAAAGCUGAGGACCGAGCCAACGUCCUGAGGGCCCUGCUGCUGAAACACAGUCACCCGAGCGAUGAGAAGGAGCACAGUAGCCCUUUCCCCAGGAACAUCUCCGCAGCCAGCCUGGGCAGCCUGAUAGCACAUCACCACAGUGCCAAUCACAACCAUCCGCCAGAGCCGUCAGUGACCGACCCGCUCAUGGGCACCACCCACACCGCGGGGGACACAGAGACACGCGUCGACAUCGAGAAGAAUGAGCAGAAGGAGCCGACGUUGGUGUCCGGGAUGCAUCGCUCCAAAUCCAAACAUGAGCUAAAGUUGCUGGAGAAGAUUCCUGAAAAUGCUGAGGCCACGGUCGUCCUUGUGGGCAGUGUGGACUUCCUCGAGCAGCCCACCAUGGCGUUUGUGCGGCUGCAGGAGGCGGUGCUGCUGGAGUCCGUCCUUGAGGUCCCCGUGCCGGUCAGGUUUCUCUUCGUUCUGCUGGGACCCCCAACCACCAGCAUGGACUACCACCAGAUUGGACGCUCCAUCUCCACCCUGAUGUCUGACAAGCAAUUCCACGAGGCAGCGUACCUGGCGGACGACAGGCAGGACCUGCUGAACGCAAUCAACAGCUUCCUGGACUGCAGCAUCGUGCUGCCGCCUUCAGAGAUGGGAGGCGAUGAGCUGCUGCGAUCCGUCGCUCGCUUUCAGAGGGAGAUGCUGCGCAAGAGGGAGGAGCAGGGAGUCAAAAUGGCCAAAGAGCCGAAAAGCUUUGAAGAAAAAGAGGCUCUGCUCACACCCUUGAAAAAGUCAGACGACCCGUUAGAGCGCACCGGACGCCCCUUCGGCGGGCUGAUACGAGACGUGCGGCGGCGUUACCCAAAGUACCUCAGUGACUUCAAGGACGCCCUGAACAGUCAGUGCAUGGCUGCCGUUAUCUUUAUCUACUUCGCUGCCCUCUCUCCAGCCAUAACAUUCGGAGGCCUGCUGGGUGAGAAGACAGACGGUCUGAUCGGUGUUUCUGAGCUGAUUGUGUCGACAGCAGUGCAGGGUGUGAUCUUCUGUUUGCUCGGAGCGCAGCCGCUGCUCGUUGUGGGCUUCUCGGGACCCCUGCUGGUCUUUGAAGAAGCCUUUUACACUUUCUGCAAAGCCAACAACAUAGAGUACCUGACGGGCCGCGUCUGGAUCGGGUUUUGGCUCAUCAUCAUCGUGAUCGUCACGGUGGCCUUCGAGGGAAGCUUCCUGGUCCGCUUUGUCUCCCGCUUCACCCAGGAGAUCUUCUCCUUCCUCAUCUCCCUCAUCUUCAUCUGCGAGACUUUCAUCAAGCUCGGCAGGAUUUUUAAGGAGCACCCGUUGAAGCGUUGCUCCCUCAACAACGGCACAGAAGGAGACGCCUCGACAGAAAAUAUCACCCUGGUUUUGAGCAACGACACGAUGCCGGUGACGGUGGCGGUCCGAGGCCAGCCCAACACCGCGCUGCUCUCUCUGGUUCUCAUGGCCGGAACGUUUUUCAUCGCUUUCUACCUGCGCAAGUUCAAGAACAGCGCCUUCUUCCCUGGAAGGUUGCGCAGGGUUAUCGGAGACUUUGGCGUCCCGAUUGCCAUCCUUAUCAUGGUCCUGGUGGAUUACAGUAUAAAUGACACAUACACACAGAAACUGAGCGUUCCUUCAGGUUUCUCCGUGACGAGUCCCAACAAACGUGGCUGGAUCAUCAGUCCUCUGGGUAGCAACGGUGAAUUCCCCAUCUGGAUGAUGUUUGCCUGCUGUCUGCCCGCUCUGCUGGUCUUCAUCCUUAUCUUCAUGGAGACUCAGAUCACCACCCUGAUAGUGAGUAAGAAGGAGCGGAUGCUGGUGAAGGGUUCUGGUUUCCAUCUGGACCUGCUGCUGAUCGUGGUGCUGGGCGGCAGCUCGGCUCUGUUCGGCCUGCCGUGGAUGGCCGCCGCGACCGUGCGUUCGGUGACCCACGUCAACGCCCUCACUGUCAUGAGCAAGGCCGUCGCCCCCGGAGACAAGCCUCGCAUCCAGGAGGUGAAGGAGCAGAGGGUCACCGGGCUGCUGGUGGCCAUCAUGGUUGGUAUGUCUAUCGUGAUCGGCGACCUGCUGCGUCAGAUCCCGCUGGCGGUGCUGUUUGGUAUCUUCCUCUACAUGGGCGUGAUGUCACUCAAUGGUAUCCAGCUAACAGAGCGGAUGAUGCUGCUGCUCAUGCCACCAAAGUAUCACCCUGACCACACCUACGUGCGCAAGGUUCGUACGCUGCGCAUGCAUCUGUUCACCUGCAUCCAGGUGGUGUGUUUGGCGGUCCUGUGGGCCGUCAUGUCCACACAGGCGUCGCUGGCUUUCCCCUUCGUCCUCAUCCUCACCAUCCCUGUUAAGAUGUGGGUGCUGCGCCGAAUCUUCACUGCCAGAGAGAUGGCGUGUCUGGACGCGGAUGAUGCAGAGCCGAAGUUUGACGAGCGCGACUGUCACGAUGAGUACUCAGAGAUGCACAUGCCCGUGUAACCCACGACACGUCACCACCUAACUCCUCUUAGCGAACACCAAAAUCUAUCUGUCACUCUACCAACCAAUGAGAUCCGGAGUCAAACUUGAAACACUCACAAUGUCACGCCACAUCACUGUGUACCCGCUUUAUAUCCCCGAGACAUGAACGCAGAGUACGUCAGAGGUCUGGUUAGCUGUUACUGUGGUCAACUUCAUCUAUUUAAAUAGCUUUUUACCAGAUUACUGGAGGCUUUUCUGCCACUUAGAAGCACUAAAGAUUGAAAUCUUGAGGAGAUCGAACAGUCGACAGCAUGCGCUCACUCAUAAUAUACUUUUUUUAAAAUACAUAUUUCAGGGGACAAGAGAUUUCAAAUCAAAUGAUCUCGAGCUCAAAAUGAAAUUACCGUAGAUAGAUUUGCAAGACUGAUUAAUUUUUAGCCCUGAAAGGUCGCUCUGAUUCACAUUGAAUAUGUGGAGGAAAUAUGGGAUUCUUUUAUAUUAACACGCCGAGUUAUUGCUAUUCAAGUUUGUCGCUUUUUUUUUUCAUGUUUUCGCUCACCAAGCGCCUUAUGAAGGAAAUAAAAAGUUAUACCGCGAGGUGCGUUUUUUUCCUCAUUCUGUCUUAUUUUAGACAGCAGAUCACUUUACCCGCCUCCCGAAGCUCGUAGCACUUUUUUUAAGACACCAAAUCCGAACAAUGACUGUAUUUUAUGUGAUCAUUUUAUCUUCGUAGCAUCCCUAAAUAUCAGCGUCGCAUAACUUUGCUUUUUAACAAAUACAUGUGGUUAAUUUUUAGCCUUUCUGUCUUUAAGCGUACAUUUUUUUUUGUACUUAAACGCAGCAUUUUAGAUGACAAGUUUAGUCGAAUUCUGCCCCUGCAGUGAUUUAAAGGCAUAUAUUUGAUUUUUGGCAUUGUAUGAGGUACUUAUACAAAGUCAGUGUAUUACAUACAGUAGAUGUCAG